GCGAUCGGUAAUCCCUCGCUCAUUUCGCGUCUAUACCGCCUCCUUUGCCCUUAGGCUGUCGUGCCUCCAGGACAUAUCGCUUCCAAAAGUCCUCGAGUUCAUAAUCUGCUCGUGUUGGUGACGAAUAUCUCUCUAAAUACGAACUCGGGGUAGCCGGCCUCCGCCAAGUUGUGCCAGACAUGGUACGAAUAGGCGCAUCUCCGACGCCUGCUGCAGCACCUCCAGCAUUACCGAAAGUAUCGUUCACUAAAGUCGAAGACGAUGCAUUUUCGGGAGUGGGGAGCGUUACAGACUCUCAGACACGGUCGUAUGGCUACAACGACGGCAGUCCUUUCAGGCUCCCAGAACAGUACAUUCGCUAUAUAGAGCCUCUGGAGAGCGAGCUCGCGGUGCAAGUCGAGUACGACAUGGACGAGCAAGACCAGGAAUGGAUCGACAGCGUCAACGCUGAUAGGCGGAACGCCAACCUCGACAAAGUGUCGUACGAGACAUUCGAGGUCAUUAUGGACAGGCUGGAGAAGGAAUGGUUUGACUUGACCAAGAAUCUACCGAAGCCAGACCUUGCCAUGCCGUCGGAAGAUUCUACAUGUGCCAUCUGUGACGACUCGGAAGGAGAAAACACGAAUGCGAUCGUUUUCUGCGACGGCUGCAACCUUGCUGUGCAUCAAGAUUGCUACGGCGUUCCAUACAUUCCGGAAGGACAAUGGCUAUGCCGCAAGUGUACAGUGUCCCCUGAGAACCCGGUGUCAUGUAUCCUGUGCCCGAACGAAGGCGGUGCGUUCAAGCAAACCGUGCAUGGCGAGUGGGUGCAUCUCCUCUGCGCAAUCUGGGUGCCGGAAACCCGUGUGGCGAACGACGUCUUCAUGGAGCCAGUCACUGGUGUCGACCGAAUCCCGAAGCAGAGGUGGAAGCUGAAAUGUCAGCUCUGCGAUGUCCGUACGGGCGCUUGCAUACAGUGCAUCAAGAAUUCGUGCUUCUCUGCUUUCCACGCCACAUGCGCGCGCAAAGAAAAGCUGCUGAUGCCGAUGAAGGCAUCCCAGGGCUCUGAGGCGCCAACGCUCGCGGCAUACUGUGAGAAGCACCUGCCUAGAGAGCAGGCAGAAAUCCGUCUCGCGGCCCUUAAUUCUGAGCAGAACAACAAUGUGCCUGACGGCGCGGACGCAAGCCAGACGUCCAAGACCGCCCGCGCGUACGCGAAGACGUACAAGCCCGGCCCGCCGCUUGUGCCCAAGAUCAUCGUCGACCGCAUCAUGCAGUACAUGCGGAUCAGCAUCCGCCAGAAGCGCGAGUUUAUCGUCCUCGUGUGCAAGUAUUGGAGCCUGAAGCGCGAGGCGCGCCGUGGGGCGCCGCUGCUUAAGCGGCUCCACCUCGAGCCGUGGACGGCGUCAGCGGGCGGGAGGAACCAGAGCGAUGAAGACAAGGCGUUUAAGCUCAUGCUGCUCAAGGAUCUUCGGGGCGACCUCGAGCGGCUGCGGUCGCUGGCGGAUGCUACUCGCAAGAGAGAGAUGCAGAAGUUGAGACAAGCGAACUGUAUCCAGCAGGUCCUGCGGGAUAUCCUCUAUCCUUUCCAUCCGGCCAUGCGGAGUGUAUUCGAGAACAUCAGGAGUGGCGACAAGAGCGAUUAUUUCCUCAGUCCGGUCUCGAAAGCAGACGUCCCUGAUUACUAUGACGUCAUCAAGCGCCCGAUGUCCUGGAGUGUCAUUGACAAGAAGCUGACUGAACACCAGUAUGUCGACCUCCAGGAGUUCAAGGAUGACAUUUAUCUUGUCCUUAACAAUGCUAUGCUUUAUAACAAGCCCGAGACAGCUUACUUCAGGGCUGCCCGUCGGAUUAAGACCGCCGCAGAGCGCGCUCUCCCUGAUUUGGAUCGCUUCGUGAACCAAAGCCCGUCUGCGCCCUUGGCCGAACAACCUGACCCGUCAACUCGGCCUGAGCAGCCGGCUGUUGGCGAUUUGGAGCCCUCACUGUCUAUGCUCGAUCUCCUCGUCGAUCCGGAACGAAUCCGCAAAGAGUGUCGUUUCAUACUUGACAAGCUGCCUUUCGACUCGCUUUUCAGCUACGAGUUUGGCGAGCUGAAGCCCCCGCCAACCCCUCCCCCAGCUCCCCUGAACCUGCCAGCUCCUGUACCGAAAGAAAAGCGCGACCGCAGGUUUGAGAAAGCGCGCGCUAAGGAGCGGCGAGCGUCAGCUGCUGCCAGCGCCAACGCGGCACACCCGAAGACUCGACGCGGGAGAGCAGCGGCGGGUAUAGCAACGGCGGAGGCCCCGCCCAUCGAGCCUCCUACUGAUGCUCCUAUUGAGAUCCAGCCCGAACUCGCACCAGCACAGCCCGCAGAGGAGCUUGUCGCAGAGCCAUCCGUCCUGGAGCACGAGCAGCCUGCGGCCGAGGGCGAGCCCCCGGCAAAGCGGCAGAGACGAGACUGGAAACACUCGAAGCGUACACUGGCCAUACGACCGGGCCACUCCGAAGUGCCGCUCAUCGUGGACGACGUCGACGCGCGCCAGUCGUUCUCCAGGUUCGACGAGGGCUGGAUCCUGCCCGAGGGCCAGCGCCGGCACCCGCGCCCGCCGUCAGAGAAGGCAGCCGAGCCGAAACGCACGGGUGCGCGGUCUGUGGAGCGGCCGGUGUCGACUACGUCGAAUGUUACUGCGAGGUCUGUCGAGCCUGCACCUGCGCUUGGGCUUGAACCCGACCCCGACUCCGAACUCGCACCUGAGGCCGAGCUGGGGCCUGAACUGGAGACUGGCCCGUCAAUGUCACAGCCGGAAGAGGCGCUGCCUGCUUCGGCCGCGGAAGCGCCGGACGAAGAGUCAGAGGCGCCCGAAAUCAUUCAAUCGACGCCCUCGCGGCCCACCACCCCAAUGGAAGUGGACAUCGAAGAUCCCACUACGCUGGCCGAAGUCUCUGCGCCAGCCUCCAGCUCAUCGUCCCUACAGCCUGAAGCUGACGCGGUUCCACAGGAGCAGGGAGAGCUCAAUGCCGAGGCUUCGCACGAAGAAGAGGCAGAGUCGCCCGUUGCAUCAUGGAUCGUCGAGCUGGUACCUGAGCCUCCGGAAGCCGAGGAAGGCGAUUCGACCCCCAUCGCCGCUCCUGCAGGCCUUCCCUCAGUGGAACCAGAUAUUCCCGCAGACGCCGAGAUCCCGGCCGAGACCGAAAUCUGCACCGAGACCGAUUACCGCACCGAGACCGAUUACCGCACCGAGACCGAUUACCGCACCGAGACCGACAACCGCACCGAGACCGACAACCGCACCGAGACCGACAACCGCACCGAGACCGACGACCACACCGAGACUGACGACCACACCGAGACUGACAACCGCACCGAGGCCGACGCCACGCUGUAUCUGGAGGAGACGCCGUCUGCUGAACAGCCCGAAGACGUGUCCAUGGCCGAGGUCGAUGAAGAUCAGGCGUCAGAGCUGACGGCACUGAGUGACUCGGACUCGGUCAAGUCCCCGACGCGCGGCACGCGCCGCAGGGAUCUCGGGCAAGACGCGUCUGCGAUGUCCUCGGAGGAGCUCACACAACCCUCGCAGGAGCCCGAGGAAUCUGCGCAGGAUGGCGAAGACGAGAUAGAGGUCGAUGAGGCGCCCGUGGCCGGGCCUUCGGGAGUAAAGGGCCAUUCAGGCCGAGGCCGAGGCAGAGGCAGAGGGAGAGGGAGAGGAAGAGGAGGAGGAAGAGGAAGAGGAAGGAAAUCGGCGGUGCUGCUGCCGCUCGACCCGGAGGCGGGGAAAGCUGUCUUGAAGAGGGGACAGGCGGUGCUCGAGGGUGGUACUCUUGUCUGGGCAAAGUUCACUGGGUUCCCUUGGUGGCCUGCCGUCGUCUUCGACUAUGACGACGAGACCGUGCCUGCAUCGCUGAAAAUGGAGAGGACGAAGAAGGAAAUGGAGAGCGAACACGUGCACAUCGUUCGCUUCUUCGACGAGCAUGACACCUGGCAAACGAUUGGCUUGGACCAGAUUUUGAUGCUUGGCGAAGACGACAAUCUUGACGAGGAUAUGCUUGCCGCAAGGUCACGGAGGCAGAUUUGGAAACAUGCCAGACACAGACCUAUGUGUCGAAAAGCGUACCUACGCGCAAGAGAGGAAAUGGAGAUUUGAAGAGUGCCUCACUCCCGUUUGCGUGAGAUUCCCUUCCGCGAUCCUUACAUCUGCUCAUUGCAUCCUUGUAUCGUUCAUUCUAGUGUUGUCUAUGCUAUGCGGCUUCGCUAUGUUGUUAUAUACUACGAAUGCAUCUAUUAUUUC